AUGCUUUCUCUCCGUUCAUUAUUCGCGACAGCCCUAUUGGGCGCGUCUGUGGUGCACGCAGGCUUUGAAAUCAAUGAUUUCUCCUGCACAAGUGACUCGAACCCGGUCGUGCUCCUGCACGGCCUGGGCGCCACUUACUAUGAAGAUCUGAACUUCUUGCAGUACUGGCUGCAGAACCAGGGUUAUUGCACCUACUCCCUGACAUACGGAGCCUACGAGGGUUUCCCAUUCGUUGGCGGCCUCAAGCACAUCGCAGACUCCGCGCCCCAGAUCGCGGCCUACAUCAAGGAAGUCGUGCAAAAGACCGGCAAGAGCAAGGUCGACCUUGUCGGCCACUCCGAGGGCGCCUUCCAGUCUCUCUAUGUGCCCAAGUUCGAGGGUGUGUCCGACCUCAUCGACAAGAUCGCCUCUAUUGCGCCGCCCACGCACGGGACCACUUUCGCCGGCCUCUACGAUCUGGCCUACCUGUUCGGUAACGCGAGCCGUAAGGCCGUCGCUGACGUGCUUGAUACCUUUGGCUGUGGUGCCUGUGACGAUCUUGGUCCCGGUGGCGCUGCUAUCGCGCGACUCAAUGACGGAACCCCUAUUGUCCAACCGGGUAACACGGUUACUAUCAUCGCGUCCAAGUUUGACGAGCUGGUCACCCCGCCUUCGACUGCCUUUGUUCAUCAGGAUGGUGUUACCAACCGUUACAUCCAGGAAACUUGUCCUCUCGACCCCGUUGGCCAUAUCGGUGAGGCCUAUGACCUCAAUGUGUGGAACUUGGUCAAGAACGUGUUGGACUCGACACCCAACCGCAAGUUUCUGUGUUUGAUUGGGUCUCCUGGCAAAGUAUAA